CUUAUAUAUGAGCCCCCAGGUCACAGUAACAAAUUAACUAGGAAACCCAUCUUUGGUCAAGACAACCAUGGAAUUCUCGGUCUCACAUCUCAAUUCUUCCAUAGCUGCAAUAUUUGCGCUACUUUUGAUUUUUUAUUGGAAAUCUAGGUCUAAAGCUAGCAAAAACAGUUCACCGCCGGAAGCUGGUGGCGCAUGGCCAAUUAUAGGCCACCUCCACCUCAUAGGCGGCGGUUCACGUCUUCCACACAUCACCCUGGCGGCAAUGGCGGACAAGUAUGGACCAGUCUUUACAAUCCGGCUCGGAGUACACAAAGCUCUAGUGGUGAACAACUGGGAAUUGGCUAAAGAAUUGUUCACCACCUGGGAUGUGAUUAUAUCUUCACGUCCAAAAUUUCUUGCAGCCAAGCACAUAGGCUAUGACUUCGCCAUGUUUGGAUUCUCCCCUUAUGGCACCUAUUGGCGUGAACUACGAAAACUAAUAGCCGUGGAAUUAUUCUCUCCCCGCAGACUGGGUCUCCUUCAACACAUACGUGUUUACGAAACUGAGGUAUCCAUACAAGAGCUUUACAAGUACUGGAACGAGAAGAAAGAUGGGUCGGGUCGGGUUUUGGUGGAAAUGAAGCAGUGGUUCGGGGACUUGAAUUUGAAUGUUAUUCUCAGAAUGGUUGCAGGGAAGAGAUAUUUUGGUGCAACUGUUGAUGGGGAUAAAAUAGAGGCAAGGCAGUGCCAGAAAGUGUUGAGGGAUUUCUUUCAUUUAACUGGAAUUUUUAUUGUGGCUGAUAAUAUCCCUUACCUUAGAUGGUUGGAUAUAGGUGGAUAUGAGAAAAAAAUGAAAGAAACUGGAAAAGAAAUGGAUAAAAUUGUUGAGAAAUGGUUGGAAGAGCACAAGCAAAAGGCAAAUUCUGGUAGUAAGCAGGAUUUUAUGGACGUGAUCCUUUCAGCUAUUGAGGGCACAAACCUUCAAGAUUAUGAUCCUGGCACAAUCAUCAAAUCUACAUGCCUAAAUUUAAUUGCUGGUGGAGGUGACACAACCACUGUUAUGCUAGUAUGGGCAGUAGCCCUAUUACUAAACAACCGCCAUGUAUUGAGAAAGGCUCAAGAAGAAUUGGACAUUCAUGUUGGAAAGGAAAGGCAAGUAAAGGAAUCAGAUAUCAACAAACUGGUUUAUAUUCAAUCCAUUGUCAAAGAGACUUUAAGAUUAUACCCCGCAGCUUUCUUGGGUGGUAUAAGAGAAUUCUCAGAUGACUGCGAAUUAGCAGGUUACCACAUUGCCAAAGGUACAUGUACGAAGCUAAUAGUAAACUUGUGGAAAUUACAUAGAGACCCUCGAAUAUGGUCCGACCCAUUGAAGUUUAAGCCAGAGAGAUUCCUCACGACACAUAAAGAUUUUGACGUGAAGGGUCAUAAUUUCGAAUUGAUCCCAUUUGAAGCUGGUAGAAGAAUUUGCCCUGGCACAACGUUUGGCCUUCAGAUGUUGCAUUUUAUCCUAGCUAAUUUGCUGCAUGCAUUUGAAAUUUCAACUCCUUUUGAUGAAAAAGUUGAUAUGAGUGCGAGCUCUGGACUAUCUAAUAUGAAAUCUACCCCUCUGGAUGUUCUUCUUUCCCCGAGAUUAUCUCCAUGUCUAUAUUAAGUGGAAAGACGUCAAUGAUAAUGAUUUUAGUGAUACGUGUGUGUGAAGAUGAAUUUGAAUCAGGUUCAAUGAACGUGGCUAGCCCACAUUAAUUAUCUUUAAUUGUUCUUUGAAUAAGAAUUAUCAAUCUAAUUAACUAGUUAGAAUUUAUUUACACUCAAUAUACGUAAACAUAUUUACAUAUUAAGUAGCAUGCUUCAUUAAAAAAAAAAAGAAGAAGGUAGCAUGCAUCAACUACUUGUAAGGAGCUUUUGUAUUGUUAUUAAGAGUUUGAAAGUAUAUUUCAUUUGACAGGUGUCAUCAUUCUCUUGAAAAUUCUGUAUUGAUUUAUCUAGUUCUGUAUCCUUGUUAGAUUACUUUGGGUCAUAAUAAAUAUUGUAUCCAUUUGGUGCUCGGAUUGAGAGUAUUCAUCCAUCGUUCUCUUGAAAAUUCUAUAAUGUUUAUCUAGUUAUGUAUCCUUGUUAGA